AUGGUUGCAACAAAGACGAACGAGGGUACUCAGUUAUCAAUUGCGGAUCCACCCGAUGCUGCAUCACCUUCACCACAGGAGCUUGACGCGAUAUGGGCUGGAAAUACUAUUGUCCCAGAGUCUAUCACAGGCUGCGUUCAUGAUUUAAUUACAGAAGUAGCGCAAAGACAACCGGACGCCCUCGCAGUUUGCGCCUGGGAUGGCGAUUUUACCUAUGCUCAACUAUCCACCCUGAGCGAUCAUGUGGCUCAUUCUCUCUGUGAGAUGGGAAAUCCACCGGGAUCACCGGUGACCCUUCUGUUCCCCAAGUCACGAUGGACAUGUAUCGCCAUGUUAGGUAUCAUCAAAGCCGGAUGCGCGGCUAUUGCGCUUGAUACCACUCAUCCAGAUGCGAGACUUCGAGCUAUCAUCAGGCAUGCGGAGCCAAAAUCAAUGAUAUGUUGUGCCACUACUCGUGACAGAGUAUCUCUAUUAUGCGAUUCACCUAUCCUCCAGCUCGACGAUAGCCUUUUGGAGGAUGCGGGUACCAUAAAACAGCGGAGCAUUGAUUUCCCUGUGGUAUCUCCCAAAGACAUAGUCUACAUAUCUUUCACCUCCGGAACUACCGGCGAGCCGAAAGGAGCGUGUAUUAGCCACUCGAAUGUGAGAAGUGCUGUACAUCACCAGGGUAAAGCUCUUGGCUUUCAUCAGGAAUCCCGAGUCUUUGACUUUGCACCUUACUCAUUUGACGUGGCCUGGAGUAAUGUUCUUCAUACGCUAUGCGCAGGUGGCUGCUUGUGUGUUGCCAACGAGCAAGAUAUGGUAAAUAAUCUAUCGGCUGCUAUCACGGCCUUCGCGGCUAGUCUGAUUAAUGUCACUCCUACUGUUCUGCGAACGAUCAGUCCAGUGCCACCGAGUCUCCAGACUGUGCUUUUGAGUGGAGAGAUGCCGUAUCGAGAAAAUAUGACUCAAUGGGCUGGGCGUGUUCGUCUCCUCAAUACAUACGGUCCCACUGAGUGUACCUGGAAAUGUACAUUCUCGCGGCUCAAUCGCUGCGAGGAAGAAAGGCCGGAUAUUGGGAGAGGAAUGGGAUUCUGCCUCUGGAUUGUCAAUCCCAACGACAGCAGCCGUCUUGUUCCUCCUGGUUCCCCGGGAGAAUUGUACCUUGAAGGACCCAUGGUUGGCCAAGGGUAUCUUUCCAAUCAAAAAAAGACCAGUGAAUCGUUCAUCAACGACCCGCCGUGGCUUUUGUCUGGAAGUUCUGGUGUUCCAGGACGACAAGGCCGCCUAUACAAGACUGGAGAUCUAGUGAAAAGGCGCCCAGAUGGAAGUGUACUGUUCUUGGGGCGCAAAGAUGUCUCUCAAUUAAAGAUCAGAGGUCAACGGGUCGAAAUUGGUGAUGUGGAGCACCAUGCACGGGCAUGUCUGAAGGAUGCACUGACAAUCAUUGCCGAUAUUGUGCUCCCCCGGGGAAGCGAUACUGCACUGCUCGCUCUAUUUGUGCAGAUCAAGAACCAGAACCCCGAGGCAGUCAAGUCUGUGAUGAACAAUCUUGUGCAUGAUCUAGAGGGUGUUUUGCCAGCAUUUAUGCUCCCCAGCAUCUAUCUCCCCGUCGAAGAGAUAGAGGUAGCUAGCACGGGAAAGGUCGACCGUCGACAACUGCGAGAGUUGGGAUCUAGCUUGUCUUUGGAACAGCUUCUCCAGCUACAGUCAACCAUCUUACCAGUCCAAGAGUACCGUCACCCAUCAACUGUCAGAGAGGAGCAACUUUGUGAGCUCUGGGCGAACGUAUUGAACAUACAGUCGACUGGAAUAAGCGCCACAGAUAAUUUCCUCCGCUUAGGCGGUGACUCGGUUGCCGCUAUGCUGCUGGUCGCAGCAGCGCGGGAGGUUCAUCUAUCCAUCACAGUGGCUGAUGUGUUCAGGAAUCCAGUGUUGAGUGAUCUUGCCCUCAUUAUCGAGGAGCAAACUGUCUUUUCUGAAAAGGAAGACGUUACUCCGUUUUCUUUGAUGGAUCAUCCUUUGGAUAUUCAGAAAACGCGCGAGGAGGCCGCUAGGCUCUGCAAUAUUGAGGUGGCUCAAGUCGAAGACUUAUAUCCAUGCACCACACUUCAACAGGGAAUGCUCUCUAUUACAGCCCGAGGCGAGACCAACAACGUUUCACGAACACUCUUUGAGCUCCCUAGCUCCGUAGAUCUUCCCCGGCUUGAAAAGGCAUGGCUAAAUACUGUUCAAAAAGCAUCAAUACUGCGAACACGGAUCAUCGAUCUGACCGGCAAUGGUCUGGUUCAAGUUGUUGUCGACUGUCCCAUAAUGCUGGAUAGAUAUGAGGAUAUCACUGACUUUGUCAGAUACUCCGUUCCAAUGGAACUAGGGACCCCUUUGUGUCGUGCUGGUCUGAUCUCUGGAGCGUCUCCCAAUUUUGUAAUGGAGAUGCACCAUUCAAUCUUCGAUGGCUGGUCCACCAAGUUGAUAUUGAAUACCAUAGAAGCCGAAUACGGAGAGAACGUUACCCCCGCGGCCAUCCUGCCCUUCCGGUCAUUUGUGAAAUACACAAACGGAGUGGACAGGGAGGCCUCAUUGCUUUAUUGGAAGACCUACCUGGAGGGGGCCUCUGAAACGAAGACUUUCCCGUCCCCGGGGUAUCAGCCAGGCAAAAAGGUUGACUUCAACCAUAAUGUCACUGAAAUGCCGUGGAAAAACUCGGGUACUACACCAUCGUCGGUUGUCAGAGCUGCCUUGGCGUUGGUAUUGGCCUCAUACACCAAUUCCAACGAUAUCAGAUUUGGUGCAACGAUCAGCGGGCGACACGCCAACGUUGUCGGGAUCGAACAAAUUUGUGGUCCCACUAUUGCGACUGUACCAGUCCGCGCUAAAUUUGACUGGAAUCAAACUGUCGAGAGCUGGCUUCAGCAGGUCCAGGCACAGACAGUGGAGGCCACAGAGCAUGAGCAGCUAGGGCUCCAGCAAAUUGCUGGGUCGAUUGAGGAAACCAACCUUUUCCAAUUGCUCCUGGUGACCCAACCGGCACAACAGGGAGGCACCCACGAUUUAAACAGUCUUUUCAGCAGAGCGAGUAGUAUCAUUAGCAACUCUGAUCAGGCUGGCAGUCUGAAAAUUGUAUGCAAGGAUGGAGAAGCCGACACCGUGGGCAUGUUCAACCCAUAUGCGAUGAUGAUCAUCUGCCAACUGCAGGACUCGGGCGUUGAACUGAAGAUCAAUUUUGAUUCUGGUGCCAUUUCAGUCAAACAGGUAGAGCGAAUGUCUGUACAAUUUGAACAUUUGCUGCGACAGUUAUCAUCAGCGGAGUGUUCACAGAUGAGCCUACGCGAUGUCACAGUUCUCACGAAGGACGACCUGGCUGACAUUUGGACAUGGAACGCAUCACAGCCGGAGCCUAAGUUUGAAUCUAUUAUUGAUGGUCUUCAUAGGCAAAGUGAUGCGAAGCCAGAGGCAAUUUUGAUAUCCGCCUGGGACCAGCAGUUGACAGCCCAACAGGUGAAGCUCUGGUCGAUAACGCUGGCCGAUCGACUUUGCCAUGAAGGUAUAAUGUCUGGGUCUAUCGUUGUUGUGGCCUCUGAGAAAAGCGCAUGGCAGGCAGUGAUAAUGCUUGCAGCCCUCAGAGUUGGCGCAAUCGUUCUCCCUAUGUCUGUACCUGUCUCCAAAACUCGAGCUCUGCAAAUUGUUGAGAGCUUGCAGCCCCAUAUUGCUGUCACCUCCACGUCCUCUGAUUCCUCUCCAUUCCACAACUUGAUUCCAGUGCUCGGUAUUGCCGACCUCAUGACUCCCGAAACCACACACUGCGAGGUUGAUGACAAAUAUCCCCCAUUUUCCCCCCUGCCCACAGAUCCUGCUCUUCUUCUGUUUACUUCGGGGUCUACAGGAACACCAAAGGCCAUUGGGUGGAGCCACAGCGCUUUAUCAACAAACAUCCAAACUGCAAUCGUGGCAUUCGAAUUAAACGAUACGAGCCGAGUCUUCCAGUUUGCCGGUUACGAUUUUGAUGUUAGCACAGUAGAGACUUUUGCAUCCUUGAUUGCUGGAGCGUGUCUAUGCAUUCCAUCGGAGACAGACCGAAAAAAUCGACUGAGUGACGCAAUCAAUGAACACAACGCCAAUUGGAUGUGUCUGACCCCAUCUGUAUCGGAGACCCUGAGCCCAAGUGAUUUGCCAUAUAUGCAAACGGUGGUGUUUGCGGGGGAAAAGCUUGAGUACAAAGUUGCUGUCCGAUGGCUAGACACACACAAAACAGUUCAUAACUGGUACGGACCAGCGGAAGCCUCAGUUGCUACUUCGUGCCCUGUAAACCAUGACAGUUGGCGUCCAGGUAUGAUCGGAGUAGGUCGCGCCGGAUUAACUUGGCUUGUCGAUCCGAGAGAUCCAAAUCUACUGGCACCAGUGGGGGCUGUGGCCGAGUUGUGCCUGGAGGGCUGGAUGCUUGCUCAAUACGCUGGGACCAAUGGGGGUAUACUGAACAAAGAGAAUUUUAUCUCCCCGCCAUGGCUGCAAGCUGGCCACUGGAAGACCCCUGGUCGACAAGGCCCCAUCUAUCGUACCGGGGAUCUGGUUAAAUAUGACUCAGAUGGUCGCAUUGUCUACCUUGGACGGCUCCAAGAUUCUCAGCGGAAGAUCCGAGGCCAGCGUAUUGACUUGGGGGAGAUAGAGCGGUGCGUCCAAGACUUCUUGAUUGGAAUGGUGGACACAAUGAUUGUUGCAGAGAUAUUCUCUCCUGCCUGCAGUGACAAUGAUAUUUUGGCACUUUUCGUUAGUCCCACUGACGCUGUUGACCGGACAGAUCCUAAAGGAUAUAUACAAACUGGGUGGCCGGUCGAUAGUCUGGAGAACCAUCUUGCCAGGAUUCUCCCAUCUUAUAUGAUCCCAAGGAUCUAUAUACCGCUCAGUGAACUUCCUAUCGGCCCAACAGGAAAGACAGAUAGGCGACGAUUGCGAGAGAUUGGAGGUCUACUCACGUUGGAGCAACUGGCAGAAAUGCAACCAACCCGAAAGCAAGCCAGGAAGGUAACUACCGACAAAGAGAAACUAUUGCAGCAAAUUUGGGCUCAUGUGCUGGGGGUUGAACCAGAUGCUAUCUAUGCGACCGACCACUUCCUUCGCUUGGGUGGAGACUCGAUCAGUGCCAUGCGCCUUGUUGGAAUGGUCCGUGGCCAAGGCUUUUCCCUCGCUGUUUCUGAUGUAUUCGAUUGCCCAGAACUAGAGAAGAUGGUAGAGAAAAUGAUCCACGGUGAAACUCAUGGGGAUAUGCAAGAGAUUCCCGCAUUUUCCCUUCUACCCCUGGGGAUGGACGUGUCACACUGCCGACCAUAUGUCGCCAAAAUUUGCUCGGUUUCAGAAGCUCAAGUGCUUGAUCUCUACCCCUGUACAGCACUUCAAGAAGGACUUCUGGCGCUUGGAGCUAGACGACAGGGACAAUAUGUUUCUCGCAGUGUGUUGCCACUGCAGAGCGAUAUUAGUCCAGAUCGGCUCAAAAGUGCCUGGGAAAAGACAAUCGCCAAAUUGUCUAUACUGCGAACCCGAAUCGUGGAUCUCCCCGGCAAAGGUCUUAUGCAGGCCGUCCUCAAUGAUACUCCCUGGAGAUCUGGUGAGAACAUCCAACAGUACUUGCACGAAGAUGAGAUGGAGCCGAUGGGUCUAGGAACCCAGCUCUGUCGUGCGGCCAUCAUAAAUCGCACCUUCAUCUUCACCAUUUCGCACUGCAUAUAUGAUGGCAGCUCACUGCCCAUGAUUCUUGAAGAACUCCAGGCACAGUAUUACCAUCAACCUGGAAGAACAUUCACUGGAGUCGAGCAUUUUAUUCGCCAUUUGAGCCAGAUAAACACCCAAGAAUCGGACGAUUUCUGGAAGUCCCAGCUGUCUCGCGCUGAGUUUUGUGCAUUCCCCGCCUUGCCAUCUACAACGUAUGAGCCGCAAGCUAGUGGAUAUAUGGAGCAUCCGGUUACGGUGAAUUGGCCUUCCAAGGGAGCAACCCCAUCCACAAUUCUCCGUGCAGCGUGGGUCAUCCUCGCAUCACAGUAUCUGGCCUCCAACGACGUCAUUUUUGGAGUUACAGUAAGUGGAAGACAGGCAAACAUAAAGGGCAUGGACAACUGCGUGGUGCCGACUAUUGCAACAGUUCCAAUUGCUGUAUCAAUUGACUGGGAUAAUACAAUCGAGACCUUCCUCCAACGCCUCCAAAGACAGGGGCUAGAUAUCAUGUCUUAUGAGCAAUAUGGUUUGCCAAAUAUUCAACGAGCGAAUGGAGACCGCAAUAGCGGGAUGUUCCAAACCUUGCUGGUGGUUCAGCCAAUAUCUACAGGAAACAGCCUGCAUAAAGAUAGUCGGUUGUUUAAGGCACGCAGCUUCGCCUCCAAUCUGAGCACCAUGGGCAUCGACCCUUUCAAUGUAUACGCCUUGAUGGUCAUCUUCCAACUCACUGCCUCGGGGGUCAAUAUUCAGAUGAGCUUUGACCCAAGGAUUCUCGACAAGCGGCAGAUCAAGCAGAUUGUCUAUCAGCUAGAGACAGUCAUCCGCCAGUUGUGCACAAAAUCACCUGAUAGAACCAAGUUGAACACCGUCCAGACAGCUAGUGAAUUUGACCUACAGCGCUUCCGGGCCCAGAACGCAGAGCUGCCCCCGGAUCCAACCAUGUUUGUACAUGACAAGGUUGCUCUAUGUGCCAAAGCAGACCCAGAGGCUAUUGCCAUCGAUGCAUGGGACGGUCAGUUCACAUACAAUGAGUUGGACCGCCUCUCUACCGUUGUCGCGCGUAAGCUGGUUUUGCAUAUGGGAGUCAAGAAAGGGUCCGUUGUACCGUUGUGCUUUGUCAAGUCUCGAUACAUGCCACUGGCUCAAGUUUCCGUCUGGAAAGCUGGUGCAGUAACCUUGCUACAAUCAGCAGACAUGCCAGAGCAGAGAAUGAGUCGUACUUUCCAGCAUCUUGGUGUAGAAGUUGCUCUGGCUUCACCCGAACGCUUGGAAACGGUCUCGAAGUAUGCUCGCUGUAACACCAUGGAGCACAUCCUGGAGACUCCGUUGGAAGAAAAAAUCAUGCCACUACCAGUUCUUGAAAUGGAUGACCCGGCUGCAGUUUUGGUAUCUUCUGGUAGUACAGGCGAACCGAAACAUGUUCUCUGGAGUCAUCGAGCUCUGGCCGCAAAUGCAGAGGAACCGACCCUUCGUUUGUCGAUAACCUCCUCUUCUCGCAUGUUCCAGUUCUCAUCAUAUGAUUUUGAUGUUGCCACCUUGGAAACAAUUAUUGGACUGACCCAUACGGCAUGUCUCUGUAUUCCAUCAGAAGUUCAACGCCUCGAUGAUAUGGCAGUUGCCAUCAAUCAAUUCGGGGCGAACUGGGUCUUUGUCACCCCGUCCACCGCCCGCUUGCUGCGUCCAAAAGACGUACCGGGGCUUUCAACUAUUGUGAUGGGGGGUGAGAACAUGUUACAGGACGACGUCGAAAGGUGGAAAGGGCACUGUGCUGUCCGCAACUGGUACGGGCCGGCCGAAUUCCCUGCAGUUACUGUGUACCCGGCCGAUGAGCCAAACUGGUCCAGCAGUGUGAUUGCACACAUUGACUUGUUCCGCUGCUGGCUCGUAGAUCCGCAGAAUCGCGAAAGGCUUGUUCCAUUUGGUGCGAUCGGCGAAAUCGUGGUACAGGGGCCUGCACUCGCUAGUGGCUAUUUCGGAAAUGCGUCUCUCACAGAUAAACACUUCUACGAAAAUCCCAAAUUCCUCUCCCAAAUUCCCGGGACUGCUCACACAGGAAGAUAUGGUCGUGUGUAUCGAACAGGGGACCUAGCCCGAUAUGAUUCCGAUGGCUAUCUCGUCUUCUUGGGGCGAAAGGAUGCCCAAAUCAAAGUACUGGGUCAACUAGUGGUGCCCAAAGAAGUCGAGACCCAAAUCCAACAAUGUCUCGGUCGGUCUAAUCAGCAAACUGAGGUUAUCGUGGAUACCAUCUCACCCCCAGGUGGAGGAGGAGUGAUACUUGUAGGGUUCAUCGUUACCCAAGAUGACAUCGACCAACUGACCGCUGGGCUCAGCCAGAAACUUCAAAUGGUUCUUCCUCGCUAUGCAGUGCCAUCGUGGUAUAUCGCAAUUACGAGUGUUCCCUUGACUACAAACGGGAAACGAGAUCGACGGCGGCUGCUUGAGAUUGCUGCGUCAUCCACUCCAUCCACCCAGGGAUCCACUGGACGAUUACCAGCCACAACUGCUGAGAUUACGUUGGCGAGGUUGUGGGCUCUUACAUUAGGAACGGAGCCGGAGACAAUCUCAGCUACCGACAGCUUCCUGCAGAUCGGCAACUCUAUCGAUGCCAUGCGAUUGGUAGGAACUGCUCGCCAGCACGGCCUGUUGCUCACUGUGGCCGGGGUGAUGGAAUUCCCUAUUUUAGAAGAAAUGGCCAGCCUGCUUCAGAACCUCGAGGAUGCACCAGAUGACAGUGUUGACCCUUUUACACUGUUGGAUAGUGGCCUAGACCACAAACUCGCCCGCAGCCAAGCAGCAUCCGCUUGUACUGUCAAUGAGGCCGGCAUUGAGGACUUGUUCCCUUGCACUCCUCUCCAGACAGGUCUACUAGCUCUAACAAUCAAGUCCCACGGGGAUUACACUGGCCGCAAUGUGUUGGAGCUAGGCCCUUCGGUAGAUGUCCAUCGCUUUGAACACGCUUGGGAAGAGUUGGUGCGCGUCGUGCCUAUCCUCCGCACACGAAUCAUCGAUAUUCCUGGGCAUGGAUUUGUUCAAGCCGUGGUCAGAGAGAAACCCUCCUGGAGCAAGGCCAGGAGCGUGGAGGAAUACCUAAACCAGGAUCGCCUGGAUCCUAUGGGGCUAGGAACCCGCCUCAUGCGUUGUGGCUUGUUUUCAUGCAAGUCAACCGACGACACAUCUGGCGCCUUCAGCCCUAUGCGCUGGGUCUUUGCCUUGACCAUGCAUCAUUCGAUAUAUGAUGGGCCGACUUCAGCUAUGAUAAUGGGCACGCUGAAAAGUCUCUACUAUGGGGAAUCACCUCUUCGACUUUGUCCCUUCCAGGCUUUCGUCAAGUACGUUGGUGGUCAAAAUAAGGAGGCUGCGGCCAAAUUUUGGAGGAAGCAAUUUGAAGGCUGUGAAGCUUCGCAGUUUCCACUGCUUCCCUCGGCUAGUUACCAGCCAAGAACAGAUUCUACCCAAACUGUUGUAAUUGACCACGUGAAAUGGCGAUCGGAUGGGUUCACUCCUUCCACAAUCAUUCGGGGAGCAUUUAGUCUCGUAUGCGGCAAGUAUGCGAUCUCGUCUGACGUGGUAUUCGGCACGGUGGUCAUGGGCCGCAAAGCCCCCAUUCAAGGCACAGAGAGGAUUGCAGGCCCAACCAUUGCCACAGUUCCCGUGCGAGUGCAGAUCAAAAGCGAUGCCACUAUUCCACAAUUUCUGCAAUCUAUCCAGGAUCAAGAGCGAGAGAUGGUUCCUCAUGAGCAAACAGGAUUGUCAAGCAUCCGUCAAUUUAGCACCCCGGCAGAAGACGCAUGUCGCUUCCAGACCUUGCUCGUAAUCCAACCACCCGAGAAGGCUAUGGAAGAUGCUGGAUUGUUUGUCUUCCGGACGGCUGAACAAGAUGAGGCCACCCGGUAUCAUAGCUUUAGCUCAUAUGCAUUAUCGGUAGUGUGCAACCUGGAGCCAGGUAGGCUUAAGGUAGAAUUUUGCUACGACUCUGCCAUUGUCCAGUCAGAAACCAUUCAAACCAUGGCAUCUCAUUUGGAUGAGGCCAUUCAAAGCAUGUGCAUGCAGAAAGUGCCCCACACUACGCUGAGGGAUGUAAACAUGAUGACACAGUCUCAUUUGAAUGAUAUCUGGACGUGGAACGCAAAGGUGCCUGCCAUGAUAGAACGAUGCAUGCAUGAUCUGAUUAAGAAAGUUGUGCAACGCCAGCCUGACACAGUGGCCAUCUUGGCGUGGGAUGGUAGCUUGACAUACGCUGAGUUAGACCGCUUGUCUACCAGGCUUGCAACUCACCUGGUCGGUAUGGGGAUAAAGAGAAACAUGAUUGUGCCGCUUUGCUUUGAGAAAAGUCUAUACGCCAUGCUCGCUGUCCUUGGAGUUAUGAAAGCCGGCGGCGCCACACUUCUCCUGGAUCCAUCAUUACCAGAUUCUCGCCUUGAUAGUAUAUUGGAGCAGGUAAAUCCGACUGUUAUUUUGUCGUCAAUCUCCCAGAAGCAGCGCUGUUCUCGAUGGGUGGCGAACCCAGUGGCCAUAGGGAAGCAGUGUACCUUUUUUGAGACUGAGGGGGUGGAAGAGACCACUGAAAGUCACGAUCUGCCGGUUGUAUCUCCAGACGAUCUAUUGUACACUGUGUUUACGAGUGGUAGCACUGGAACCCCCAAAGGAUGUCUCAUGCAUCAUCAACAAUUUACCAGUGCGGUCGUCCACCAGCAAGCUACGCUCGAAAUGGAUUCAAAAACACGCUUAUACGAUUUCUCCUCCUACUCUUUUGACGCAGUCUAUUGGUGCCUCUUCCACGUAUGGAAUGCUGGAGGCACUUUAUGUAUCCCCAGCGAGGAAGAACGGAAAAGCGAUCUGACCGAGAGCGUGCGCCGAUUUGAGACCUCGCACAUUUUCCUAACUCCCUCGACUGCGCGGUGGAUUGACCCACAACGUACUCCCACCCUGCGCUAUCUCUUCCUCGGCGGCGAGGCGGUCUUGCCGGAGGAUCUCGCCCGAUGGACUCCACAUGUCAACACCUUUGAGGUAUAUGGGCCUUCAGAAUGCUCUGCUAUCACCCUUUAUCAUCGAGUUCCCAAAACGACAGCCAGUACCGUGCACUCCAUUGGGAAAGGUAUUGGCGUUUUGACCUGGGUGGUAGAUCCGAAGGAUCAAGACCGUUUGGCACCUCUUGGAACAGUGGGUGAGCUGUACCUCGAGGGGCCUUUGGUGGGACAAGGCUACUUCCAGAAUGACGAGAAAACGGCAGCCGCCUUUAUCGAGAGCCCACAGUGGCUAGCUCAAGGCUCUCCUGAUGGAACAGUGCCGGGACGGCGUGGCCGGAUGUAUAAAACUGGUGACCUUGUCAAAUAUCAUCCACUCACUGGAAAUCUCGCGUUCGUGGGCCGAAAGGAUACACAGGUCAAACUGCGAGGCCAACGCAUCGAGCUUGCAGAUGUUGAGCAUCAUGUCAUGCAAUGUCUAAUGGAUCGAUCUUCGUCAGGAGCUGCACCAACGGCAGUUGCAGAAGUUAUAGAGCCAGUUGUAACGGGUCGGCCGAUGCUUGCCGUUUUCAUCGACUGCAAUGAAGCACAGUUGUCUGACUUAAUGUCUCAUCUCGAAUCUGAGUUGCCGAGUCGGGUGCCAUCCUACAUGGUACCUGCGUCUUAUAUUGCAACCCCAUCUAUGCCAAUGGCAGCGAGUGGCAAGACGGACCGACGCCGAUUGCGUGAGAUGGGUUCCAGUUUGACUCUGGAACACCUGUCACAAAGCAAUACCCCUGCAACCAUUCUGGCCCCCAGCACAGCCUCCGAGUGCCAGUUACAAGCUUUAUGGGCCGAAGUUCUCGGUAUACCCGCUGAGAAAGUUGGGGUUGAAAGCAGCUUCGUUCGUCUGGGUGGUGACUCCAUUUCGGCAAUGCGAUUAGCUUCUUUCGCUCGUAGAGAAGGGCUGCGAUUGUCAGUUCAUAAUAUUCUCUCCACGCCUCAGUUAUCGGAGAUGGCACAAGCAAUGUCUAUCUUGACCCCAAUAGACGGCAACGAGAUGGAAGUUAUCAUCCCAUUCUCUCUCCUCAAACAUCCCUCGGAACAUGACUCCGUUCUGAAUGACUUUGCAAGUCAAUGCAAUAUCCAAGCCAGUCAAGUUGAAGACAUCUUCCCUUGUACGGGUGUUCAAAAGUCACUCCUCUCCAUGACUGCCAAGCGCGCCAACUCGUAUGUCGCUCGAUUUUUGCUCAAGCUGAGAAAGGAUAUCGAUGAAUCACGACUCAAGAAUGCAUGGGAAAUGGUGAGUAGGACUUGUGCUCCCAUCCUCCGUUCACGAAUUGUGGAGUGUCCAAUGGAGGGCCUGGUGCAAGGUAUCGUGGAUGAACCGCUACACUGGGACAUCACUCAACCACUGCAGCAAUAUCUCCAAAAAUAUCAAACUAGGCCCAUGGGCUUGGCCACCCCGUUGACUCGGCUUGCCAUUGUUAAAGACGAAAGCAAUCAGGAGCGCUAUUGUCUAUUAACCCAGCAUCAUGCGAUAUAUGAUGGGUACUCGUUGAACCUUCUCGUAGACGAGGUAUCUAAGGCUUAUGAUGGCAUUCAUGAUAACCAUACCCCAGUGGCAUCCUUCCAGGUUUUCAUCAAGCAUGUCAUGGCGGUUGACUCUAAGAAAUCAGAGGAUUUUUGGGCUCGUGAAUUCGUCAAUUUUGAAGCAGUCCCCUUCCCAGUAUUGCCGCAUGCCGAUCAUCAACCUAAAGCAGAUAGCACAGUACGACGCAGUCUGGAGGCAUUCCAAUGGCCCCAGCGAGACUUCACCCCGUCAACCAUCAUUCGUGCAUCGUGGGCCAUCCUCACUGCGCGGUAUUUGGACUCGGACGAUGUGGUUUUUGGAGCCAUGGUUACAGGCCGACAAGCUCCUAUUCAAGGCUUGGAUCGCAUGGUAGCGCCUCUUAUCAAUGCUGUGCCUGUUCGAGUCAAACUUGAUUUCAAACAAUCGAUCGAUAGUUUGCUCGCUAGCAUCCAGAAGCAAUCCAUCGACAUGAUUGCCUACGAACAGACCGAGCUGCUCACAAUUCGGCGCAUUGAUGCAAACACCGAUCGGGGGAGCCGAUUCAAUACUCUCCUCGUAGUUCAGCCGGCAAGUCAAGGCCAGUCAGCCGAUCACCCUAAUGGCCCUUACGAGGAUCCGAGAGAACUAGUCUCCGCAACUCAGGAUCUCGAUGACUCCAACCCAAACGCAAUCAUGAUCAUGUGCCAAAUUACGAAGACAAAUGGUCUGCAACUUGAGUUUAGCUUUGAUUCUAGAGUGGUGGACACAGCGCAGAUGGAACGAAUUGCCUCGCAAUUCGAGCACGUCUUGCGUCAAGUAUGUAUGGGCACGACGCAGCCUGUCGAUCGCAUCCAGACUCUCAGUGGUGCCGAUCUAGCAGAGCUAUGGGACUGGAACUCAUCUAUUCCAUCAACAAUCGCUGAAUGCGUGCACAGCUUGAUUACUAAAACUGCUAAGAAUUAUGGGGACGAUCCUGCCAUCUGCGCCUGGGACGGCCAGUUAUCGUAUUUUGAGCUGGAUCAACUAUCUAACCAUCUAGCUUCACACUUGGUAGCCCUUGGCAUUGGUGCCGGUAAUGUCAUUCCACUUUGCUUCGAGAAGUCCAUGUGGCAUCCAGUGGCAGCUCUUGGAGUGAUGAAGUCAGGUGCUACGUGUCUCUCGAUGGACUCGACUCAACCAAAAUCCCGCCUACAGUCCAUUGUUCAACAAGUCAAUCCUCGGCUUAUCUUAGCAUCUGCCAAAACCGCCGGACUGGCAGGUCGUCUAUCCGACGCUGAUGUUAUAACUAUUGAUCAAGAUUACAUGGAUCUAGUGGCUAAAGAUAUCUUCACCCAGUCUCUGCCCACAGUUCACCCAUCAAAUGUUCUAUACGUCGUGUUUACCAGCGGCUCCACGGGAACACCGAAAGGCGUUGUGACUACUCAUCAGAAUUUUGCUUCUGCUGCAACGCAUCAGGCGGAGAUGCUGCGUAUUCAACCAGGCACACGCGUUUUUGACUUUGUUUCAUACAGCUUUGACGUAUCAUGGUCUAACACCCUUCAAACAUUGAUCUGCGGAGGCUGUCUCUGUAUUCCUAGCGAGUUAGAGCGUCGAAAUGACAUUUCGGGGGCUUUCAAUCGCAUGGACUGCAAUUAUUCCUACUUUACACCUUCAGUGGCGCGAUCCUUGGAGCCAUCAAGUAUUCCUGGGCUCAAGGUUUUGGCCAUGGGGGGUGAGCCCAUUCCCACCACUGAGAUUUCUCGAUGGACGCAGGCUGAGGCCAUCAUCGGAAUCUACGGCCCGGCUGAGUGUGCACAGGCCCUCACAUUCACACUUCUUCAACCUGAUGGGCGCAACAACCAUGUAGGGUACUCAUAUGGGGCCCGGACAUGGCUGGUACAGCCGGGCUUUCCUGAUCGUCUGGCCCCAAUUGGCGCAGUGGGAGAGCUUCUCAUCGAGGGUCCUACGGUUAGUAAGGGGUAUUUUGAAGACUCUGACAAGACCGCCGCUGCGUACAUCAAGAAUCCAUCCUGGCUGCUGCAAGGUACACCAUCCCACCCAGGCCGCCAGUCUACCCUAUACAAGACGGGUGACCUACUUCGAUACAACUCAGAUGGAUCGCUAGAUUUCCUCGGCCGAAAAGAUAGUAUGGUCAAGCUGCGAGGGCAGCGAAUUGAGCUAGCUGAAGUGGAAUAUCAUAUCCGUGCAAGCCUGCGCCACCCUGAACUAUGUGAUGGUCUUGCUGCAGAGGUUAUUACUCCUAAUAAAAGCAGUCCCAUUCUCGCCGUGUUUGUUGCCCUCUCCCCCGUGAGAGAGGCCCAGUCCGAGGAAGACAAUUUAUCGAAGCUGACACGCCUAAUCGACGGUUUGGAUGACAGACUCUCUGACUGUCUUCCGCAAUAUAUGAUUCCUGGCGCCUACAUCCCCAUUGAGAAAAUCCCAAUGACUACCACGGACAAGACAGAUAGAAAAGCUCUACGGCAGUUGGGAGCCAUUCAGACCUUGGAGAAUCUGGCAAAGCUACAGUCCCACGGGAAGACCCAUCGCGUGCCGACCACCAUCAUGGAACUGAAACUACAAGCACUAUGGUCGGUAGCUCUUGGGAUAGAUGCUAGCAUCAUCAAUGCCGACAGCAAUUUCCUAAGAAUUGGUGGAGAGUCCAUCGCAGCCAUGCGGCUAGUGGCAGCGGCACGAAAUGAGAAGCUGUCGCUCACAGUCGCGGAUAUAUUCAACGCACCACGGCUCUCUCAACUCGCCCUGUUAGUGCAGGAAAUUACUACGGAGGACUCUCUACCAUUGCCGCGACCCUUCGCUUUGCUCGAGAUGAAUGAUCCAAAGCCUUUCCUUGCUGACUUCGUCAACCCGCUCCUCGACCCUGGGGCUGGAACUGUUCUCGAUGUGCUUCCUUGCACCGACUUCCAAACAUGUGCAAUCUUGGAUGCCUUCCAGGACCCGCCCAGUCGAUUGCCUCAUUGGAUUUUCGACCUUCCCCCAAAUGUGGACUUUUCACGCUUAGAGUGGUCAUGCCGCAGGCUAGUAGACCUUUACGACAUCCUUCGUACGGUGUUCAUCCAAGCGCACGGUCGAUUCUGGCAGGUUUUACUUGAACAUAUGGAUCCUGCGUACGAUAACUUCCAGGCAGAUCAUGACGAUGAUAUCACAACCUUCGUGGAUUCUAUUUGUGAGCUGGAUCGAAAAAGGAUUCGAACCUUUGGGUCUUCCUUCAUUCGAUUCAUGGCAAUACGGAGUCACUCUGGGCAGCACCGGCUCAUCUUCCGAAUCUCACACGCUCAAUUCGACGGGUUCAGCUGGGCCACGGUCCUCCGCAGCCUCUCUGCCCUCUACUGCGGUGAUACCGUUCCUAGCGAACGGAAGUUUGCCCAAUAUAUCACCUAUAAGGAGAGCAUGAAGUUGAGCGUCUACGCCUAUUGGAUCGCACGACUCGAAUAUGCUCCAAGUCCCAAUUGGAUUGUAGAUUCCUCCAGCCGCGUGUACACUGUCAAAGACCGGCUGACAAUGAGGAAGACAAUCCCGAUGCCCGAGGGUCAGUUGCUUGAGGAGACAUCACUCGCAACUUUAUUCCAUGCCGCUUGUGCUAGAGUAAUUUCCCGCCAUCACCGGCAAUCUCGUAUCGUUUUUGGUCGUCUAGUGACUGGCCGGUCGAUGCUACCAAGCAGUCUGCAAAAUGUGGUCGGUCCAUCGAUGACCGAGGUCCCUAUCAGCAUGCACAUUGAUCCCCAUGCGACUCUUUCGGAUAUUGCAUUGCAGUUGCAGCGUCAGUUGAUUGAGGAUUCUCGAUACGAAACCGCUGGGAUGGACGAGAUCAUUCGAAACUGCACUAACUGGCCAGAUGACGUGAAAGACUUCGGCUGGAGGACCUCUUUCCAACAAGAAGAUGAUCGUAAUUUUACUUUCCUUGGGACAGAAAGUCGGAUAUCGUUCUAUGAGCCGGAUCUGUUGCCUCGAAACCGACCAGAAAUUUACGCUACCCCACGGGAUGGGAAGCUGGAUCUUGAAUUCGAGGGUAAUCGUCAGUUGAUCAGUGAGAAUGACGUUCAACGCUUCCUCCAGGAUCUGGAAUCAGUUCUGAGUAAUCUUUGA